UACACCCAAGCGCCUGUCCGAAUGCAGCGGCUUCUCUUCGUUUCCUAGACCAGAAGAAAGCCGGGACGUGACGGAGCCGGGGGGUUCUGCUUGCUGGAGGCCCGAUAAAUACAGCUUCUUCACUGCUUCUUCGUCGCUCAAGAGACCUUUGUGAUCUAACUUGACCCUUCGUCUUUUUCCGUCUUAGAACUAAUUUCACAAACAUGUCCUGGCAAACCUACGUGGAGAACCUGAUGGCUGAUGGCAGCUGCCAGGACGCGGCCAUUGUUGGGUACACGGACGCCAAAUACGUCUGGGCAUCUAAUGUCGGCGGUACUUUUGCCAACAUUAAGCUUGAAGAAAUUGACAUGCUAACAGGGAAGGACCGUGUGGCAUUCUUCACCAGUGGGAUGACCUUAGGCAAUAAGAAGUGCUCCGUAAUCAGAGACAGCCUCCAUGUCGACGGCGACUGGACAAUGGACAUCCGGACAAAGAGUCAAGGAGGAGAGCCAACAUACAACGUUUCCGUAGGCAAAGCCUGCAAAGCAUUGGUUUUUGUCAUGGGGAAGGAAGGUGUCCAUGGAGGGCAGCUCAACAAGAAAGCAUUUCAAAUGGCUGACUACCUGAGGAAGUCCGGAUUCUAAAGCAGCCUACACCCCGCCACCUAGCAGCUCACCCUCACCACCCUGUUGCAUUUCACACUUCUUCCAGUCCUAGUUGGUAGUUACUUUUGUUUUUCUGCCUUCUCUGCCCCUUAUGUUACCCCAACCCCCUCCUACCAAAAAAAUGUUGAGUUCCUCCCCCUUUCUGUUGCCACAUCCUGUUUACUCAGAGCAGGCGACACUACAAAACUCACAGGAGACUCUCACCAUGAUCAAACCCUACACAGCAACCAACCUGACCCCUCCAGAUCCACCGCUCUGUCCUGAACACAUUUUAUAAAAAGGGGGGGGCGUGUAUGGGUGGGGUGCUCGGCCCGGCUCAGCUGACGACCAUGAGCUGGAUUUGAAAGCGUUUUGUCGUCCAGACGCUGGCUGGCAGCCUCUCCUCCCGUCAUCACAACGCGAAAACCCCAUGGACAUUCCACAGUAACAAUGGCUCAGGCACUUAAUACUGUUUUUGUUUGCCAGCUCCUGUAAUAUAUUUUCUUUUGUUCUGAAAGGCUGCCAUUUUUGGACAGUAGAUAUCCCAGCAUACAACCAUCUGGAAUGUGUCCAGUUUGAAUUUCUUUUUCUUUUUAUAGGACCAAGUGUAGUCAAAGCUCGGGUGUUUAUACAAUUGCUCUAAACCAUAUUAAGGAUGACUGCUAACUCUUUUUGAUGAAAGAAACACUAACCAGACAAUAAUACUUACUAUGGUUAAAAAAAAUCAAGCUACAGGGGAGGUAAGGGUGGGAGUAUCUGAAAAAAUUCUCACUGCAUUGUUUCUUCUUUUUUGUUGUUUAGAAAACAAACGACUGCAUUUGUACAAACCCAUGCUGUGUUGACAACUACAAAACUGUGGAAUAAAUUGCCUUUACUGUGUAGUCAGCUGAGCUCUGGGGUAUCACAGUCUGUCCGCGCUCACUACUGCUAACUGUAACGUCCAACUGAUAUUAAAAACAAAAAAAACCCUUUUAAAAGUAGAAAUGACACUCAACGGGAGAUGGGAUUGGUUGGAACAAAGACGCCUCUGGUGUUCUUGUUGAAACUUAACUGCAGAACCUGUGUAUCCUGUGCCAUAAUAUAGAGAUCUGUUGCUGUUGUAAGAUGGAUUUUACCCACUGUCCACUAAAGAGUCAUUUCAUUGGCACUUUUUAUCAUUUUUGUUUAGCUUCAGCUCCACUGUUUAGGCCUUAUGAGAUAUGUGUACUCAUAAAAAAACAACUGUUUCAAGUCCUGAUUGCUGAUUUAUGUUCAUUUCCUUUCUCCUCACCACUUUUUUUUUUUCUUACAUCUGGGAUAGUAUCUUUAAUGCAUCUGAUUUCAUAUGCAUAAAACCAAGAAAUGCCAUAAAUUGAUUUAUCACCUUGUUUACAGACAGAUCAAAUAAAUUUAUUCCAACCAGAUAAA